AGGGGAAGCCGUGCAGGAAAGGAGUCACUGACCAGUGACCACCACAUCAACCACCGCCGCAUGCGCAUCCAGGGCAAGGCAGGCUUGGCCAGCAGCCAGCGGCAGCAUCAGGGAAGCAAGAAUCCGACGCCAUAAUGGUCAAACAUGACUCUUCCUACUACCUUUUCUUUCUUCUUCUUCCUUGCCUAGUCUGGUCCUCCUCCUCUCCGAUUGGCCGUCUCGAUCCCUCUUCUUUUCCUCAUCUUGUUGAACGCGGGCGAUUUCUUCUUGCUCUGAAUCCAUCCAGGUCGGCAGGGGGCAGAGGAGGGGAGGAGCGGCGGCGUGAAGAACACGGCUCUGCUGCUGCUUCUGCUGCUACUCUGACGGAAAUGGCCGAGCAUAAAGGAGUUCCUAAAUUUGGAAGUUGGGAGGAUGAAGGUCAGGGUGAUCACCUUUACACACAGUAUUUUGAGAAUGCCCGCAAAGGUAAAUCUCCAGGGAGGUCUGUUAACCAAAACGAUCGUAAUGAAGACACAGAAGCACUCUCGAAUGAUCCACCAUCAAUUAAGGCCUCUCCCUUGAGGGCUGGAUCCGAUCCAGGGCAGCGAAAACAAAAGGAUGAAAGGCGUGCCAACCGAGAAGAUGAUCUCCGGCGGCACGAGGCCACUGCACGAAAACCGUAUGCUGAUUCACCCAAUCAUAGAUAUGGCGAUCCUGCCAACUACGAUGGUACUGCGAGAAAAGCAAGCAAUGAACGUUCACCCAUGCAUGCUCGUCACCAGACAAGACUUGCAAACAAAGGAGGGGUUUCGUCUCCUUCUGGGGACCGCAGGGGUUCUGCUCCCACCACACCUGGAAGGUCCAAGCUGAGAUCAAGCGGGCGUGGUGAUGAAACGCCUGAAAGAGGAUCAGCUGUGCCAAAGUUUGGAGAAUGGGAUGAGAAAGACCCUUCGACAGGUGAAGGUUUCACUGACAUAUUUGACAAGGUGAGGGAGGAGAAGCAGUCUGGUUUGGAUAAUGUCGGCACCAGCAACCCGUAUUAUAUGGACCGUGCCAAUGGAGGGCGCAGAAAUGGAUCUUCAGGCUGCUCAUGCUUCAAUUGGUUCAAGAACUGACAGCCACCCCUGUCUGCAAGGUCUCCGAUAUGCCUGUCACGACUGUAUCUUUUGUUACAUGAGUAGCUCCAGUCUGUUGUUUGUCGAGAUACUGUUCAGUACAUAGACGUAUCGCGACAUGAGUUCGCAAGACUGGUUCAGCAUUUUGGGCUUUUGUAAUCAGUGAUUGAAUUGCCUGAAUUGUGCAACAUUGCCUCGGUGCUUUGCUAGAUUUAAAGAGAAACAGGUUCAGGAUUGAGAGAA